CAACAACCUCCCAUGUUCAGAAUCAGGCGCUUUUCCAACCAAUUGUUGGAACAUCCCGUCCAGACUCCGGAGAAAGCUCUCCUUCGUUGGUAAUGGGACCAUCAUAGUUACGUCCUGGAUUCAUGCAGAUAAUGUUGGCAUCAUUGGCAUUAUCAGUCAUGACGAAGUACAAUCCCUCGAAUUGGAGCUACCCCGAGGCUCAUCAGUUACUUAAUCCCGAUUCCCCCCACCAUCCCUCAGGAAUUGGGGAAUAUCUAAUACCAUUACUACAUCCCUAGAACAGCAAUAUUCGUCACAGCAUUCGUGGCGACAAGAGUUCUUUGGACAGGCCGGAACGACUUGAGCACGAGGGAGUCUGGAACCUGAAAUCCAACCUCACAAACAUAUAACGGAUUGCAACUUUUGGGACGCAAUGAACGCAAUGAACGCAAAACAGCAUCCCCUUAUGGCCACAGCCACUGCCAUUGGGGCCGAAGUCAUGGGCGAACGACGCGGGCCAAGGAUGAGCCACAUGCAAAGCGCAAACGAAGGGCCGGCCGACAUCAUCUCCAAAGUCUCUGGUGUCACCUCUGGAGGGAAGCGGGCGGACGAUGGCGCAUACUUUACCAAUAACGAGGGCAUUCCGUUCCCAGAUCCUGCCCACAGCAAAACGGUUGGCGGCCUUCCGCUGGUCAGCGACACAUUCUUGUUGCAAAAGCAGCAGCAUUUCAACAGGUCCAAGAACCUCGAGCGCAUGGUCCACCCCUGCGGAUCCGGCGCGUUCGGUUAUUUCGAGUGCACCCAGGAUGUGUCUGAGCUCACCAAGGCCAAUUUCUUGUCCACCGUUGGCGACAAGACACCGAUCUUCAUGCGAUUCUCUACUGUGACUUUUGGCAGGGAAUUCCCGGAUGAAGGACGCAACCCUCGUGGGUUUGCCAUCAAGUUCUAUACACAAGAGGGCAACUAUGACAUCGUCGGCCUAAACUUUCCCAUAUUCUUUUGCCGGGACCCGAUCCAGGGCCCAGACGUCAUCCGCUCCCAGUCUCGCAACCCGGCCAACUUCCUGCUCGACUUUGACGCGCUGUUCGACCUCCUCGCCAACACGCCCGAGGGCAACCACGCGGGAAUGAUGUUCUUCAGCGACCACGGCACGCCUCAGGGCUGGCGCAACAACCACGGCUACGGGUGUCACACGUUCAAGUGGGUCAACAAGAACGGCGAGUUUGUGUACAUCAAGUACCACUUCAUUGCCAAGCACGGGCAAAAGACGUUCACCGACGAGGAGGCCGUCGCCAUGUGCGGGAGGGACCCGGACUACUCGAAGCGGGACCUCUGGGCGGCCAUCGAGAAGGGCGAGGAGAUCGAGUGGAUGGCUAAGGUGCAGGUCAUGCAGCCGGACCAGGCGGACCCGGACGUGCUGGGCUUUGAUCCUUUCGACGUGACCAAGGUCUGGCCGCGGGACCAGUUCCCGAUGAAGGAGUUUGGCCGGCUCGUGCUCAACAAGAACCCGGAGAACUUCCACCGGGACGUCGAGCAGUCGGCCUUCUCGCCCGGCAGCAUGGUCCCGGGCAUCGAGGACUCCCCGGACCCGCUGCUGCAGUUCCGCAUGUUCUUCUACCGCGACGCCCAGUACCACCGCAUCGGCGUCAACCUGCACCAGGUCCCCGUCAACUGCCCCUUCAUGGCCCAGUCGUACGCCUCGCUCAACUUCGACGGCGCCAUGCGCACCGACGCCAACCACGCCGGCAACAAGCAGUACGCGCCCAACAGCUUCGCGCACAAGUUCCGCCCGGACACGGCCGAGGCCCCUUACGUCGUGAACGACAACAUUGUCAGCCGCAAGAGCCACUACUGGCACGAGGGCAAGGCCAGCGAGUACGACCAGGCCCGCGAGCUGUGGCGGCGCGUCAUGACCGAGCAGGAGCGCCAGAACACGUGCAAGAACACCGCAAAGUACCUGAGCAUCGUGCAGUAUCCAGAGAUCCAGAAAAAAUACCUCGCCCAGCAAUACAACAUUGACCCGGCGUACGCCAGGGGCAUCUUUGAGCUCUUGGACGCCCCGUCCUUUGACUUCUCCGAGGUCGAGGAGCUGUCGGUCGUGGCGCAGGAGUGGUACAAGGAGAAGAAGUUCCAGCCAACCACCAAUGAGAAGUUGGUUGGCCAAGUUCCAUCUAUGGGAGUCUAUAACAUGUAGAGAGUUGUAUUUGGCAGUAGCGGAUGUUCUAUCACAUAUUUUCAGGAUGCACACUUGCUCUGCUAUUUAUGUCGCUACACUGUUGACCUUGCGCUGCCCAAGGAAUCUGUCCUAGUUGAAGACUUCGCCCAUUCCAAAAUCCACAAAUUCAUGUACAGU